UCUCAACACGAUUUGUUAAGAAAAAAGAACAUCCAUGCAACAAUUAGUUGUUUGCCCCCACACUCCACAUGUUUUUGCUUCUUCCAAUAUUUGUAUAUAUAUAUAUAGCUUUAGCUCCCUUCAUUUUUUCCCAGCAUGCAGCCAAUUUAUUUGAAAAAAAGAAAAGAAAAAAGAGGUAGGCAUGGCUAUAUGGAAAGCAAACAAGAGCGGCAAAUGGUCGAGGAAGGACGUCCCAAAAGGGCAUUUUGCAGUAUACGUGGGAGAGAAGAGGAGCAGAUACAUAGUUCCUAUUUCAUUUCUGGAAAAUUCCAUGUUUCAGAGACUGUUGCAGAAGGCCGAAGAGGAGUUUGGAUUUCACCACGAUAUGGGAUUAACCCUUCCUUGUGAUGAACAACAUUUCUGCUCUUUGGUUGCCAUGAUUAGAUGAUUGUAUAAUUAGGGUUUCUUUCUUUGUUUCUAGUUUAAUUCAUAGCUACCAAUCGCUAUGACUUGCUAUGUUGUACAUGCUAAAACAUCUUUGGCCUUGGAAGAUUGAAUUUAUUUGCACAAGUUUUGCUAA